CCUAACUGACCAAAUUAUGUUGAACAUACUUUGUAUGUAGGAUUUGUUAUACGACGACAGAAUGACAUUCAGACAGGUCAUAGAUCUUAUUAUCUAAAAUAAAACAAAAACGAGUUGAUACACAACACAUUUAGAGUUCUGUGGAAGUAUUGUCGUCUACUCAGGAAAGACUCGUCAUGGCCAUCUUUCCCACCUUCCUUUUAUUAAGAGUAGCACGAUUUUUUUUCAUAAUUCAGGGGGGCAGGAUACAAACGCGGUAGAUUAAUAUUGAAGAUGGAAGGAGCAGCAACGCGCACUGUGAUAACGUCUACCAGCAGCAGCACGGACAACUUUUCCACCUCUACUCUGGCAUGUGAUAGGCACUUUUUUCGCACUGCUUCGGGGCUCCUCGUUUUCGCAGAAAUAGUGUUUGGUCUGCUGGUAUGGAUGCUGAUAGCAGGGACGGAGUACUUCCGUGUGUCUGCCUUUGGGUGGGUCAUGUUUGUGGCCAUCUUGUACUGGGUUCUGACGGUCAUCUUCCUCAUCAUCUACCUGACCAUGGCUUACAACAGGAUCCCUCAGGUCCCCUGGACAACUGUGGGUCUGUUCUUCAACAGUAGUGCUACAGUGAUGUAUGUGGUGGCAGCAGCAGUAGACGCAGCCUCAAUCAGCCAUGCUGUUAAGGGACGCCAUAACUACAACUGCUGGGUAGCAUCCACAUUCUUUGCCUUCCUGGUGUCACUCUGCUAUGCAGGAAGUACAUAUUUAAGUUUUAAAUCGUGGAGAUCAAGGGAUGAGGAACAAUAACCAAUCACAAAGGACAGCUAAAGUAUAUCCGUUAUGGAACACAAGAAGAAUGCAACAACCACUCCUUCCCUUUGGAAUGCAUUUCUAUAUUUAAUUUCUGUUAUAUUUCUGUUAUUUUAGAGUUAUAGUGUGUUUCAUCUGUUGGAAUGACAGAGCCUGAACCUCAGUGGUGUUUUUACUUCUUAUUCACUCAUGAGUUAAAAAAAAAACAUUUGGAUGAAAAUGACUGAUGCUAAUAAAGUGGCUAUUCUGUU